GAAGUGACCAUGCGGUCAUCUUAUUCAAAUUCAUGGCUGAGAUUGUCUGUCAAACAGUUGCACCGGCCCGUCCCAACAUAUGGAAGGCAGAUAUGCAGGCAAUUAACUCCACAGCAUCGGCUGAAAACUGGGAAAUUGACUCAACGGCAUCAGUACAAGAGGCAUGGACUCUAUUCAGGCAGUUAUACAAUCGGGUAACUCAACCAUACAUACCCUGAACUGUCCCAAAGAAAAAGAAGCACGGACGUCCCUGGAUAGGGCGGGAUAUUCGACGUUUAUUAAGACAAAAGAAGAAAUGCUGGGACGUUGUCAUCCGCCUUGGCACAGCAGGUACGAUGGAACGCUACAGAUCGAUAAGAAACGAGUGUAUAACGAAAAUUCGGGAAGCUCAAAGAAAAUAUGAAAUGCAGCUGGCACAAUCUGCACUCAAGCAGCCCAAAAGAAUAUUCUCGUACAUAAACUACAGAACAUGGAUGCAUCACUGGAUUCCCAACCUAAUUAAAGUAGGAAGUGAAUCUGAAAUGAUAGGGGAAGAUCAGGAAAAAGCAGAGGCUAUAGCUGACUAUUUUGGGGCAGUUUUCACUCAGGAACCUCCUCUAGAGAAAGAACCAGACCCAAAUAUAGAGUCAACAAACCAGCUGCUCACCGUGGACUUCGACCAAAACGAUGUGCUUAAGGCUCUUAGCACCCUAAACAUGGAAAAGUCAACAGGACCAGAUGAGCUACACCCCAAAAUCUUGAGACAUAUUGCUCAAUAUAUCGCAGCCCCACUGACUGUGAUAUUCAAUAUGUCACUUGACCAAGGUGUGUUACCUAUGGACUGGAAGGACGCAAUGGUCACUCCCAUACACAAAACAGGUCCACGACAAGUUCCAUCGAAUUACAGACCCAUUCACUUCAAAUCUUGACAAAUGAACAGGCCUGUUUGGGACGCAGUUCCUCAUGAUGUGUGUUGACACAAUUGAAAACGCAACAUGUAACCGUAACUCAACAACAAGCACUUAAACCCCAUUGAGUAGUGCUAUGAUGAUUUCUUUUUAUUUAUAUGUAUACUGAAAUACUUUGCACUAGCGAUAUCUGUUAUUGAGAUCUGCUCUUUUUAGGAACUUUGUGUACAGUAGUAAAAAUGAGAAGUACCCCUCUACAGUGUGAUCUUACAACUUAUAAUUUUUCAUAUUAAAUCUUCUUGACUUUUACGAUAACUGAUGUCACUUUAAGUUGUACACCUUGUUAUGCCAGAACGUCAGUGUCUAAUUCAGCGGAAGCUUAUACGACACAUUUUCUAUUAUUAUUGUUAUUAUUAUUAUCG